AGGGAGAGAGAGAGAGAGAGAGAGGCUGUCACUGGCCGGUGCAGCCUGUGCAGCAGCAGCAGCAGCGUCUCGCUCAGCGCACGGCGGACCCCGCCUCCGGUCCCAUCUAGCGAUUUCCUCCCUCACCCAUUUUUUUUUUGUUUUUGCUCAUCCCCUUUCUUUUCCGUCACCGACUCAGAGAAAUGUCCGCCAGACCGGGAUUCUACCGGCAGGAGCUCAACAAGACCGUGUGGGAGGUUCCGGAGCGGUACCAGAACCUGACGCCGGUGGGCUCCGGGGCUUAUGGCUCGGUGUGCUCGGCGUACGACGUGGUCCUGCGACAGAAGGUGGCGGUGAAGAAGCUCUCCAGGCCGUUUCAGUCCCUGAUCCACAGCCGCCGCUCCUACCGGGAACUCAGGCUGCUCAAGCACAUGAAACACGAGAACGUGAUCGGGCUGCUGGACGUCUUCACGCCGGCCGCGUCGCUGGAGGACUUCAACGAGCUCUACCUGGUGACUAACCUAAUGGGAGCAGACCUCAACAACAUCGUCAAGUUUCAGAGGUUGUCGGACGAGCACGUGCAGUUCCUGAUUUACCAGCUCCUCCGCGGCCUUAAGUACAUCCAUUCAGCAGGACUGAUCCACAGAGACCUCAAGCCCAGUAACGUGGCGGUGAACGAGGACUGCGAGCUGAGGGUAAGUGCGAGUCUCGAGCAGGAGUCCUGCGGGGUGGAGCCGCUCUCUCACCCCCAACACGUCCACCCACAGAUCCUGGACUUCGGGCUGGCGAGGCAGACGGACGACGAGAUGACCGGGUACGUGGCGACCCGCUGGUACCGGGCGCCGGAGAUCAUGUUGAACUGGAUGCACUACAAUCAGAACGUUGACAUGUGGUCGGUGGGGUGCAUCAUGGGAGAGCUGUUGAAGGGGAAAGUCCUAUUUCCUGGCACUGACUACAUCGACCAGCUGAAGAGGAUCAUGGAGGUGGUUGGGACCCCGACGCCCGAGCUGCUGCAGAAGAUCUGCUCCGAACACGUGAGGGGAGAGAGGGGAAGAAGAGAGCGCUCGGUUGAAUUCCCGGGGUUUAACGCUGACCUGUGUUCGCAGGCACAGAAGUACAUCCAGUCGCUGCCCUUCAUGCCCCAGCAGGACCUGGAGAAGAUCUUCAAAGAUGCAAACCCAUCAGCUGUUGAUCUGCUGAAGCGCAUGCUGGUGCUGGACUGCGACGGGAGGAUCUCGGCCAGCGAAGCCCUGUCGCACCCUUACUUCUCGCAGUACCACGAUCCGGACGACGAGCCCGAGGCCCCCCCGUACGACCAGACGCUGGAGAGCAAGGAUCGGACGCUGGAGGAGUGGAAAGGUCAAAGCUCGCAGCCUCGGCACCCGGCGGCCAUGACUGGUUUGACUUUCCUCACUCGUCCCUGGUGGUGUUUUCACAGAGUUGGUGUUCGAGGAGGCGACGAGCUUCAAAGCGUCGGGGAGCACGACGGGCAGCCUUCAGGUGGAGCAGUGAGGCCCCCACCUGGAGACGGAGUGCCAACUCUGUGAGGGGGCGAGAGAGAGAGCGAGAGGUCAGAGGUCAAACUCAGCGUGACGCACGCGCGGGGCCAUUUUAGGACUUUCUUUCCAACGCGGGGAGGCUGCUUCCUCUUGCGUUUCCGCCCGGCGAGAGCCGAAUGAGGAACUGCGACCGAGCGCCCGCGAGGGAGUCACGGGGGAGAGAAACUCUGACCGAGUGAACUGCGCCCGCGGGCCGACAGAGGGGACUCAGACGCACACCGUGAUCCCUCCACAGCUCGUGUCAGAGCACAGCUUCAGCCUGCACACUACUGCAUGACCUUUGUGUACUUUACUAUUCCAACAUAUAUAUGUGUAUAUAACCAUUACGAAGCGCAUCGGAUCUGCCAGAGGGUCGGAGGGGGCGGCUUCAUCAUCUCCCACUCAAAAAAAUCACCAACUGUGCUAUUAAUUAGCGAGGCGUUUAAUAUGAGCCAAAGCUGCUUCUCCUUUACAGCUUCCUCCAGUGGCUCCUACCUGUCACCUCAUGCCCUGGAGGUCUCCAUAGUUCUCUUUCACGGCCAUGAUCUGUGUUUACAUUGAUUAAGAGCUCCCAGGAUAAUAUAUCAUCCUCAUCGUACAAAUCAGCUCAUUACAUGUUUGAGGACUUCAUCGCUGCUGUUCAUAUAGUGUCUUACUUAUCAUUACUAUCAUUAUGUGACUGCAGUCGCGUCGGAGGUGCAUGAGCUCAGUGCAUCCUGGGAGAAUCAGAGUCACACUUUUUUCCAUCACAGCACACUAGGAUCUGAAGCAGGAGAGAAAGGCAGGACAAGAUCCUAACAGUGGCUAAAAGCUGCAGCCUAGUGAGGUGAGAGUGGCGUUUCAUCAUGUGGCUUAAGCUCAACCUUCCACCGACGACAGGACUUCUGCCUCAGAGAAACAUUAGUAAAGACGUGAGUCCUUUUUCUGUAGUAGAUCACAAGUGCAAGUCGUCGAAUGAACGACCCCUGGAUGCAAAACCUUGACUUUUCAAUCGCAACCAAUGGCCGUUUGUCAGUCAGCGCGGCUCAGGCCUCUGAAUGUGCCGAGUGUCGUAUGCUCGUGUCGACGUUGUGGAUCCGCGUAGCGAACCGAAUGUAUGUGUGUCGUGUGCGUUCGUCACGAGAGGACCGAGCAAAGGUGCCUGCAUUGUUUAUGGUCGACGGGUAAAGUGGCGUGGCAAAUCUCAGCUUGAACACAAUAAAUGAUCGUUUCUGUA